AUGCAAAUGGUGCGAGCAAUCGACCUCUCCUCCAACAAAUUACUAGGCCCAAUUCCUAAUGAUCUUAGUGUCUGUGCAGGACUUGAGUACUUCAACCUAUCUCACAAUAAGCUUCAAGGAACCCUUCCAGCAUCAUUCGGUAACCAACUGAAAAGCCUUCGAGACAUUGAUUUGUCUUUCAAUAACUUGUCAGGCCUACUCCCAAUGUCUCUGGCGAAGCUGGAAAGGCUUCAGCAUCUAAACUUGUCAUACAAUCAUUUCGCAGGACCGGUCCCCUGUUCUGGAGUAUAUAAGCAGCAGGACAUCACUUCGUUUUUAGGGAAUCCCCAGCUGGGUUUGCAGGAUUGUCCUUGGGGAAAGCGCCAUGGCGGUGCCUACCAAAGGAAGUCGGUGCUCUUGAUUUCCAUACUUGGUGUUUCUUCUUUGCCUUGGCUUGCUGGUUUGGGAUUUUGGAUAUGCUUAAGAUAUAAGAGAAAAUCGAGUGGUUUAAUGCGAAAAGAAGAUCUGAGCAGGGCAACCGAAGCUUUUAAUCCUAGGAACUUAAUUGGAAGUGGUAGCCUUGGAUCAGUUUACAGAGGCGUUCUUCCAGAUGGUAAGAUUGUGGCUAUCAAAGUUCUUACUCCAAAGCGCCAAGAAGCAGAUGAUUGUUUCCAAAGAGAGUGCCAAACGUUACUGAAGGUUGCACAUCCUAAUUUGGUGAGGAUAAUAGCUUCAUGCUCAGAGGCAGAGUUCAAAGCUCUGGUAUUAGAAUUCAUGCCAAACGGAAACCUGGACAAACAUUUGCACAGACACUCAGUUGAUAGCAGUGAAGCAGCAGAAUUGGGUUUGAGGAGGCGAUGGGAAAUUCUGUUCCAAAUAGCCCGUGCGGUUUCAUACUUACAUCAUGACUGCUCUCCAGCCAUCGUGCACUGCGACAUAAAACCGCAGAGUGUUCUUCUAGACGAAAGAAUGAGAGCUCGUGUUGCCGAUUUUGGAAUCGCACAACUGGUGAAUGAUGCAUCAGCCAUUACCUCGACCUUGAGAGGAUCUUUCGGUUACAUUGCACCUGAGCAUGGAAUGGGAGGAAGAAUUUCAGUGAAAGGAGAUGUGUACAGCUAUGGUGUGGUGGUGUUGGAGAUGAUUACUGAAAAGAGGCCGACGGAUCCAAUGUUCGCCAAUGGAUUAACUCUGUCCGAAUGGGUUUCUCAUUCAUUUCCACAUAGUCUGAAAGAAAUAGUCGCAGCAGAUUUAGUUGAAACGAUAGGGCCAAAGAGCGGAUAUGGAAAUUCAAUGGUUGAGGGAUUGCUACAGCUGGGGCUCUCCUGUACCUCUCAACUUCCACACCACAGACCAUCUAUGGCGGAGGUGGUGAUGGAAUUAAACAAUUGGGGAUACUUCUUUAAUUGAUCAAUCAAUCAAAGAUGCAAGUUGCUUCUCUCACUUUUGCAAUUGUAUCCGCAUCAAUCGCAACACUGAAAGCUGGCAUGUUGUGGGAUUGAACCUCAGAAACAUAAACUCGCUGGGCGUCUUGUCGACCUACUGAAUGGAGGUCGCUUUUUCUACAUUCUACUAGAUUUUUUACCAUGGUUGAAUGGUCAAACAGUUAUAUAGCAAUUUGAU